GUCGCAGGACUCCUACUGCCCCCCCUUAAAGAAAGAAAGUAAAGCAUAGUAAGAGUUGAGAAGGAGGCGUGCAGUGACUGUUAGAGACAUAGGAGCUAGUAGUCUCAAACCGAAAGGGCGUAUUUUCUCAAUAAGCCCAACAUUAGUACAGGCUCACUAGAGUACACCUUUGGAUUCCGUGUGUAGUAGAUAACAGGAGAUAAAGUCAGCGGAGCGCUGCGGUGUAGCCAGUAGCAAAGUUUUUUUUUUUUUUUUUUGUAUUCCCUUUUAAUCUGAACCACACAACACGUUUUAAAUGCAACGCUGUUUGAUAUAUGAGAAAACUAUGGCAGCCGAGACGAGGAACGGCGGGAGCUCACUGAACAACAAUAACUGCAAAGACCACAGCAGGAGAAAGUUACUGGUCGGAGUGGAUCUCUUCUGCUUGUUUUUAGCCGGCCUGCCUUUCUUGGUCAUUGAGACCAGCGCUGUUCAGCCUUACCGUAGAGGGUUUUACUGCGAUGAUGAGUCCAUCAAGUACCCAGCCAAAAAUGGAGACACCAUUAGCGACGGUGUGCUUAGCGCUGCUGGCAUUCUUAUCACCAUCCUCUCUAUCAUCAUUGGAGAGAGCUACAGGAUAUACUUCCUGAACGAAGGAUCCAAGUCUUUUGUAGGGAACCCCUAUAUUUCAGCUCUCUACAAGCAGGUGGGCGUGUUCAUCUUCGGCUGUGCCAUCAGCCAGUCGUUCACUGACAUUGCCAAAGUGUCGGUGGGCCGUAUGCGUCCUCACUUCCUUGAUGUGUGCAAACCUGACUUCUCCACUAUCAACUGUUCCCUGGGAUACAUCACUGACUACCAGUGUCAGGGGCCAGAGAGCAAAGUUCAAGAGGCCAGGAAGUCUUUCUUCUCAGGACAUGCAUCAUUCUCCAUGUACACCAUGCUUUACCUGGUGUUUUACCUGCAGUCUCGGUUCACUUGGCAUGGAGCUCGCCUGCUGCGCCCUCUGACCCAGUUCACCCUCAUUAUGAUGUCUUUCUACACCGGCUUGUCCCGAGUCUCUGAUCACAAGCACCACCCCACUGAUGUCCUGGCGGGUUUUGUACAGGGAGCCCUUGUGGCCUACUGCAUAGUAUUCUUUGUGUCUGAUUUGUUCAAGCCCAAAGGUAGACGUUCUACCCUACUGUCAACCCCAGUGAAGAAAGACCUUGUACCUCCAGCAGACAUCAGAGAGCGAAGCAACCAUCUCAUUAUGGCGUAGAAAAGACUGCAAACUGACUGUACAUAACCCUGACCUGUGCCAUUUAAAUCACUGCUACAGCCACUGGCCAAUACUGGAUUAAACUCCAACAAUCUGUACAAUGCAGACUAAUAUGGAAUCUUGAACAUCUCAGAGGAUGACAAGAGGCAAUGGAAAACAGUCAUGCAAGUUUUGCUUUCUCAACGGAAAUUUUCUUAUUUUUCCUCAGUCUCACCAGACAUUUUAAUGUGGAAAAGAGACAUGACCAGGGAUAUUUGUUCCUCUUCUGUUAUGAAGAUUAUUGGAGAUUCUCCUCUGUCAAGGCCUUUCCAUGGACAAAAGUCUGAAAUCAAACAAAACCAAAUCAAAAGUAAGGGCAGCUGUUAAAAAAGGUGUGUGGCUUUCUCACAUCAGCUGGAUUCAGCAGUGCUAGCUACACUAAUAUUUCUGCCACUCAUUCAGUGGGACUAAUACAAACAAAUUAUGACAAAAAACAAAUUCCUUGAUUUCAUGAAGGAUGUUUGUUUUCGUUUGGUUUUACUACAGACAUAUAGAUGUAAGCAUUUUAUGUGUGAUUUAUAGCACUAUUUUAGAUACUCUCAAUACUUUUUGUUACCACUUGAAUGACCUGAAGUGAAGCUUUUGGAAAGCUUUGUAAGACUUUUCACUUUUAUUAUGUCCAUAAUAUAGUGUGUCACAUAAAUUACAGUAUGUGGAAAGUACAGUGAGAGCAUAUGUGUUGGAUGUGGGCCUCUUUCUGCUGGGUAGGACGAGCCCCCACUGAGCCAUUUAAUGAAAUGACUGUCUGUUAUAUGUACCAGACGGGUGCUCACAAGUGUAAGGUCAGAGUGUGUGAGUGUGUGGGUCUCAUGCAUGUCCUGUGUGUCUGUGUGUGUGUGUGUUCGGGUGAGGCCUUUCUGUGAAUGUGCUGACGUGUCUUAAUGUCAUGUCUAUGUGUUUCAGUGUUUAUAGCGUACAAGUGUGCUUCUCUUCAGUUCGAGAACAGGCACCUGCUGCAACAGACACAUGUAACUCGAGAUAGAAACACUGUUGGGAAAAAGAAUCAUGUACAGUACAUGUACUUUACUGUUGCUAAUUCACAUCACUGAGGAAUCCUGUGAUAUACUGUAUGCUACACAGACGUGUGUGUGUGUGUGUAUGUAUAUAUGUACACAUAUGAAUAUAUUUAGACAGUACAGUAGUGUUUCACCAAAGCACAAGUAAGCAAGUAAAAACCUAAACAAUUUAUUAUUCCGGCACAUUUGUAACUGCUACAUAUUGUAGAAAGUCUUUUUAAAGUACACAAUAGGCCUGGCAAUGAGGCUUUGCAUUAUAAUAGACAAAAAUCAUUUGUAUAAAAACAUUUUUAUAAAAAAAGAAAAAAAUAAUAAUGAUGCUAAUAUGUUUGCAUGACAUUAGGAAUCAACUUUUUUGGCAUAAAAAUAAUAAUACUUGAAACCACUGACUGAACACAUCAUCCUAACUCAAGUUUCUGAGACAAACUUUGAUCUGACUCUGAUCUGACUUGUAGGGAAACCAAUUUUUUUCAUACAUCUUGAAAAUGUACUGCAUUUAGUGUCAGAAAAUUCUGCAUGCUAUAAUUAAUUGUACAAUACUGUAUCGUGUGUAUGUAUGGUAUCUUUGUUGAAGAAUGUCCCACUAUGACUUUGCGUCGAGACCUGUGUAAAUGUAAAACAUGCUGCUUUAAAGAGGCAGAGCUUGGCGGAUAUCAUCCAGUAAAAUUGACAACUUGUGAAUAUGAAGUUUUAUGAAAAACAAAGCUCUUAAGACACACAGCUUCAUUGUAUUUUUAUUAAAAAAAAAUACCUACCAAUAUUUUUGUAAUGUCGUGUGAAAUUUUGUACCAUGAAACUGUAAGACGUAUCAAAGAUCAGAUGUCUUUAAUAAAACGAAAAAGAUCAAGAGAA